AUGGCGGGGCGGGCGCCGCAGCGCAGCCUCCCGGCGUCGGCGGCCGCCGUGCUCCUGCUCUUGCCCAUAGUUCUCCACUGUGAAUCUUCUGUGAACCUGCCCUUGUCUGUUCUGCUGGAAAAGUACUGUGAAGCUUUGUCAGCCCGCACCAAUGUCACAGGUCCGUACUGCAAUGCCACCACCGAUCAGAUCGGGACCUGCUGGCCCAGAACCUCUGCGGGGGAAUUAGUAGAGAGACCCUGCCCGGAGUUCUUCAACGGGAUCAAAUACAACACCACCAGAAAUGCCUACAGAGAAUGCCUGGGCAAUGGGACAUGGGCUUCCAAGAUAAACUACUCUCAGUGUGAGCCUAUUCUGGAUGACAAGAGGAAGUAUGCGCUCCAUUACAAGAUUGCUCUCAUCAUAAACUACCUGGGGCACUGUAUAUCAGUAGGGGCCCUUAUAGUUGCCUUUAUGCUUUUCUUGUGCUUGAGGAGUAUCAGAUGCCUGCGGAACAUCAUCCACUGGAACCUGAUCACCACCUUCAUCCUGAGGAAUGUGAUGUGGUUUCUGCUUCAGAUGAUAGAUCACAACAUACAUGAAAGCAAUGAACCUUGGUGUCGAUGUAUUACCACUGUCUACAAUUAUUUUGUGGUGACCAAUUUCUUCUGGAUGUUUGUGGAAGGCUGCUACUUACACACUGCUAUAGUGAUGACUUACUCCACAGACAAGCUGAGGAAAUGGGUCUUCCUCUUCAUAGGAUGGUGUAUUCCUUGCCCAAUCAUCAUUGCCUGGGCCAUUGGCAAACUGUAUUAUGAGAAUGAACAGUGCUGGUUUGGAAAGGAGCCAGGGAAAUACAUUGACUACAUAUAUCAAGGACCAGUGAUUCUUGUUCUUCUGAUAAAUUUUGUAUUUCUGUUUAACAUAGUUAGGAUUUUAAUGACAAAGCUGAGAGCUUCAACUACUUCAGAAACAAUACAGUACAGGAAGGCAGUCAAGGCAACCUUAGUUCUUCUGCCUCUGCUAGGCAUCACCUAUAUGCUUUUCUUUGUCAACCCUGGUGAAGAUGACAUUUCCCAGAUUGUCUUCAUCUAUUUCAAUUCCUUCCUGCAGUCUUUUCAGGGUUUCUUCGUGUCAGUAUUUUACUGCUUCUUGAAUGGUGAGGUCCGUUCUGCUGCCAGGAAACGAUGGCACCGCUGGCAGGACCACCACUCCCUGCGGGUGCGUGUGGCACGUGCCAUGUCCAUCCCCACCUCGCCCACACGGAUCAGCUUCCAUAGCAUCAAACAGACCGCGGCCGUGUGA